AUGAGCCAGCCGGCGCGGCGCGAGCGCCGUGCAAGCUGGCACAUCGUCUGCAUGCUGCCGUCAAUUCUCUGGUCGACGGCGGUCAAUCUCACGAUUGUCGAUCAAAACCGGCGGGCUUUGUUCGAGGACGACUACUCGCCGCCUGGGUCGUUUGGGGCGCGCGGCUCCGUCGAGGACCGGGCGCGCCCCUUAAUCGCGUACAGCUCCGGUCGUGUCGAGCGGCGACGUCGGAAGUAG